AUGGCGCCCCAAGAUUCAUUCAUAGAAGAGGAGGAGGAUACCUGCCCUCUCUGCAUCGAGGAGUUCGAUCUCUCAGACAGGAACUUCCGACCAUGUCCUUGCGGUUACCAGGUGUGCCAGUUCUGUUUCAACAACAUAAAGAAUAACAUGAACGGCCUAUGCCCCGCUUGCCGACGACCUUACGACGAGAAGACAAUACAGUGGAAGGUUGUCACGCAGGAAGAAGUUGCCGAGUUCCGUGCCAACAUACAAAAGAACCAAAAGAAGCGGGCUACUGAUCAACGACAAAAAGAGCUGCAAAAGCGAGAAGCAGAGAAAGAAAACCGAAAGAACCUCAUCGGCGUACGCGUUGUCCAGAAGAAUUUGGUCUAUAUUACCGGUCUUGCUCCGACUGUACGCGAAGACGAACUACUCAAGACGUUGCGAAAGCCCGAGUUCUUUGGCCAGUAUGGCAACAUCCAAAAGAUUUCGAUUAGCAAUCGAAAGAGCUCGGAUGGCCAGCACCAGUCCUUAGGCAUUUACGUCACUUUCGAACGUCCGGAAGAAGCCACGCGUUGUAUCACAGCUGUGCACGGGUCACAGAACGGCGACCGAGUGCUCAAAGCCCAGCAUGGUACGACGAAAUACUGCUCAGCCUGGCUUAAAAACGAAAAGUGCAGCAACCCCGGCUGUAUGUUCUUGCACGAGCAAGGUGACGAAGAGGAUAGCUAUUCUCGACAAGAUCUUUCUUCGAUGAACAGCAUUGCCUCCCAGAGACCCCUUCCUGGAGGUGGCUCGCGGUCCGCUUCUCGACAACAAGCUCCUCACCCUACGCCGCCGCCGGUCGUAUCUCAUCCUAUGACUCGCUCCAUUAGUAAAGAGGGGUCCGAGAAUGGUGCCGAUGGGUCAGCAUUGCCUUCUUCAGCUAACUGGGCACGUAAUCCACAGAGGAGCCGUAGGGGUAGUCUUGCUACUAGUGGUGCUGCGUCAAGCCCUGCUAUCUCGAUGGCCCAGCCUGUAACUGCCGAGCCGGUGCCAGAAGAAGCCGUCGAGGAAGAAGAGGAAGAAGAGGAGCUGGAGGAAGAGGAGCCCGAGCCGGAGGAGCCAGUGGCUGGACCCUCUAAUUCCCGGUCUAGGGCACCUGAGUCACCCGCGCCAUCCAAGAGCUUCGCUGAAAGUGGCAUCAGGGAAAUUCUCAAGACACUACAGAACUGCCCCUGGCCAGUAUUCUCUGAUGCGGGAGCAGACCAAUACCCGCCCUUGUUUGAUCCUCGUGGCGGUGAAAAGCGCAGAGCUAUGCGCGAGGAGGAGGAUUCUCGUUUGAGUGGUGAACAGGAAGAGCGCCCUGAGGCCCGCGAACCAUCCGAAGGAGAACCCGAAACCGGUGGCAGUCUUGCUUUGGGAGGUGAACCCGAGGACCGCGACGUGUCCAAUGACAACAGAGGUUUCGACCGCCGAGGCAGCACCCAACCUCCUAUCCAACGACUUUCCACUGAUGGCUUAUUUGGACCUGCGCUUACUGGAGCAUCGCCCUUUGGUCAAAGUUCAGGCAAUCCUGGCUCACGGUCUAUGACACCUCAGCAAUUGUUCCUUCGAUCUCAGAGCGGAUUUGCCGAUGCACCACCUGGUAUUGCUAACCAAAGCAAUGCUUUCCAGAACCAAAACCAGAGCCAGGGUCAAGGCCACAACCGUCAGUCGUCGAGAUUCAGCUUUGCCAAUGAUAAUGCUAGCUCUACGGCCAAUGUCAAGGUUUCCGCCAACCCUCGUAUCAUGGCCCAGCAAUCUUCCAUGAUGCCCAACACCUUCCAGUCGCAGGGCAACAACCAGUUCUACGGUGCCUCGAUGCCUGGACCUCCUCCCGGCCUCAAAUCAACCGGCACUCCUCCCAACAUGUUUGGUCAGUUUGGUGGACAGGGCUUCGGUGCGCCCAAGGACAACUCGAAUGAGCUCCUUCAAAGUUUAAUCGGCCGCAGUCGGGCUGGUAACAACCAGUCCCACGAUACGGGAAAGCGUGAGUUUAUGAUUUCUUCUUUUUCAAACCAGUACCCACCAUCCUCUACCUCCACCCCAGCUCCUGCUCCUGGACUCCUGCCGUCGCUCUACGGUGGUACACCUAGUGCAUACCAAGACAUGAACUCCAAGCAGAAGAAGAAGGGGAAGAAGCACAGACAUGCUAACACUUCCUCCUCGGGGGGGAGUGGCUUAGUAGAUCUUGCAGACCCGAGUAUCUUGCAGGCGCGAAUGCAGCACCAGUCACAAGGCAGCGCUGGAGUCGGACAGGGCUUGUUUGGUGGUCAGAGCCAAGAUGAUGAGCUCCCGUCUUUGGACGAGGCUACGAACUCUGUCGAUGCGUUGGUUUCCGACGAUCCUAUUCUCCCUGCAAUCGGAUUUGAAGGCCGCCAAUCGGUCCCUCCCGGCUUGACACUACCCCCCGGACUUCCACCCAUCUCAAGACCCCCUUCUACCACCAGCCAUGGAAGAUUGAGCAAUCUUGUACCAGCGUUGCCUAAGAUGCCACCGCCUGGUCUGUCACAUGGUGCUUUGACGCCAGAUCAGUCACCCAUGAAGUCAAAACCGGCAACGCCCGUCUCAGAAGUAAAGAAGACCUUGAAGUCUUCAGCAGCUGAGAGCGGGCUUUCGAAAGAAAUUGCGGCCGAGUCACAACCAAAGCAGUCCAAGGGAAUAUCCUUGCAGGACGAGGAUUUCCCGGCUCUGGAUACACUGAAGAGCAAGAGCCGACCUGCAACGCCAACGGCCAAGCCCACACCAAAGGCUAAGCGUAAUGCUGAAAGAAUCGUGGACAGAAUGAUGGCCAAGGCGGGAGUUAGUAAGGAGAGUAGCUCAGGCGAAGAGUCGAAGCCGCAAGAUACGAAGCUUCAAGAUAACAAGGCCCAAGGCGCAAAGGCUAAAGACAUUAAAGUGCAAGAAACCAAGCCACAGGAGACGAAGGUUCAGGAGUCCAAGCCUACCCAGUCUACCAAAGCUGCUGAGAAGAAACCUAUUUCUGUCAACACUCACGUUGAGAAGCAUAUUGCACCCAAGUCUGGCGAGUCCCCCGCAACGGCUGAGAAGCCCACCCCUGAAAACGCGGCCGCAUUCCCCCCAUUGCCUGCACCUUCAUCAACUGUGACCCCAUCUCCUGUUACACGAACAGGGCCGAAGACACUGCGGGUUGUUGCCACUCCCAAGACAGAGGCACCUCCCCCCGCAUCCCCUGCUCUGACUAUGGCAUCUGUUGCUCUGUCAGGAACAUCACGAGGUGUAUCUGCUAGCUACAGACCCGACACACCUGCCAGCAGUGAGGUAGUUAGUGACAACGCCUCGGUAGUCUCCGCCUCUGUCACACACUCUCGUGCGAGCUCACCACCUCCCAGUAGGAUCGGAUCUGCUGCAGUGAGGACCACAACAAAAAGCCAGCAACGAAAGGCUCGUAAGGACGUCUUGAAGCAGGAAACCAAGAUGAUUGCCGAAGCGCCUAAAGCUGAGCCAGAAGUCCAUGCUCCAAUUCUUGGACGAAAGAAGAAGCAGAAGAAGGAAAAGCCUGCCAAGACACCUCAAUCGGAUACCUCCACCCCAACCGCGCAAGAGCCUGUCAAAGCUGAUACACCCACUCCCGAGCCUUCGCGGCCAGAGCCCACUAAGGAACCCGAACGGGAGCCGGAAGAUAAGCCCGCUAAGAGCAAGACUGCUCAAAAGAAGGCAGCAAAGGCCAAGGGCAAGGCCAAAGAGAUCGAGCCUGAACCUGUUCCUCAACCCCCAUCACCCGCCACAGAAACAACCCCUGAAGCCCAAGAACCCCCCGAGAAGCAAGGACCUGGCCCCGCAUCUGUCUUUGCUGAAAUCAAGAAUACCCUCUGGGCUUCCAGUGUGGACAAACUACAACUCUUUAAGCCUAUUGCUGGUGGCUCAUCUCGUACCGACUACAGUUCUGCCAACAGCAACGCCAACAAGGCCGAGCACUGUAAGGACUGCUCUUGCAAGUGUGGUGAGAUUCAGGACGACGAUCUUGCGGCACUGCGUGCAGGCAAACCUGUCCGCAAGCAAUUCCAUGUCGAUGGCAGCCGUAUGCUCAUUACUCCCAAUGGGGAUUGCAUUCGUGGCUUGACCCCAGAAGAAGAAGAUGCUUUCCUUGAACUGCAGGCUGCUAUUGCGGGCACAGCAGAGAACCCUGGAUCAUUCAUUGCCCCACGACACCAACCUGGAAGCGGAGCUUUCUCCCUGAUUAAGGGCAGGGCUGUUCCUAACGGGCGUCCCAACAUCUUUCCCACUACUGCUCAGCUUCAAUCCCAAGACCCUAUCGGAAAGCUCCAGCGGGAAGACGCGCUUAGCUACAUCAACCAAUACGUGCUGCCUCGUCUCAACCUGGGAGCCACCAACAUGGGUUUCCCCAAGGGUGCGUCACCCACCAAGGAUGCGGCUGCUGCGAGCCUUAACUCCCUUGCUCCCUAUUUCUACGGUCCCGACGCCGCGGCUGGAGUGGGCAUCUAUAGCCCUCCGGAUGGAGCACGAGCGAUGCAGGACUUCAGCUCAGCAGGUAUGUCGGGCGAGGAGCGUGGAAAGAACUUUGGCAUGGGUGUUGGUGGCAUGCCCUUGAUGAGUGUCGAGGAUGCUGAAGGCGCACUGGCCAUUGCUCGACGAGAGACGGAGAAGUUGGAGAAGGGACUGAAUCAGGUUAUUCGCCGCAACCGACGACUGGUCCUUGGAGGCAACAACUAG